AGAAUCUGAUGUACUAAUGCAAAUUUCACACAAGAAAUGUUUUGCCGAGUUAUAAAUUUACAGUGUUUACUACACUGAACAUAUUUGUGAGUUUGUUUUUUGAAUGCUUUGAAGUUGCGCGAUGAUGAGGUUUGCUUGUUUUUUUAUGUCCACUGGCUCAGUUCAGGUCAAGAAUUGAAACAGAUGUUAGCAUUUUUGUGUAUGUAACUUAUUAUUAGCUGGGCCUAUUGGAUGAUAAGUGGCAUCUCACACAAAUUAAUCAACUCAGGUGUUAACUAGACCUUGAGCGAUCUUUGCAAAAGAACUUGUCCUCUUCAUUGUUAUGAGCGACAAACCUAAUUAUCAAAAAUUGUCUAGUGAGUCAUUUAAAUAAUUAUGCUUCUUCUACACAAUAGAUAUGACAAAAUGCUGAUAUUAUGUUGACCCUGGCUCUUAAGCACCAGGGGAUGUGAUGUCAUAGCUAUAAUGUUAGCCAUUUUAAAUAUUGCCUUUUUAAAACCUUAUUACAUGGCUUACUAGAUUAAUUGGAAUAUUUACAUUGUUAUAGAAAAAUAUGUUGGUGACAUCAUUUUUCGUGUAACACAAAAAUAUACAUUAGUAUUUGCGUCAGUUAUGAGAUGGAUUGAUAUUAUGCAACACAGCAACAAUACAUCGCCAGAGCCGCCGAAGGCGCGCUUCAACAACCGGCGCAAGUCCGUGUUCGCCGAGACGUAUGACCCCGAGGAGGAUGACUCCGACGAGGGAGCGCCCGCCGUCUUCCCCAAGUCGGAUGCCCAGCGCGCUCGCCUCGCCGAGGCCGUCCGCGGCAUUCUGCUGUUCCGCUCGCUCGAUGCACAGCAAAUGCAGCAGGUGUUGGACGCAAUGUUCGAGAAGCGUUCGGAGCCCGGCGAGUACGUGAUCCGGCAGGGCGACGACGGAGACAACUUCUACGUCAUCGAGAACGGAGUCUUCGACGUGCUAGUCACCGGCGAUGAUCGCGUCGAGAAGGUGGUGCACACGUACGAAGGCUCGGGCUCGUUCGGCGAGUUGGCGCUGAUGUACAACAUGCCGCGCGCGGCGUCGGUGCGCGCGCAGACGCCCGGCGCGCUGUGGGCCAUGGACCGCCACACCUUCCGCCGCAUCCUGCUCAAGAGCGCCUUCAAGAAGCGCAAGCUGUAUGAAGAGCUGCUCGACAAGGUGCCCAUGCUCAAGGCGCUCCAGCCGUACGAGCGCGCGAACCUGGCGGACGCGCUGCUGCCGCGCACGCUGAUCGACGGCGAGCUGAUCAUCCGGCAGGGCGACACCGCCGACGGCAUGUACUUCGUCGAGGACGGCUCCGUCAGCAUCCGCAUCACGCGCGACGACGGCAACGAGCACGAGAUCAAGCGCCUCGGCAAGGGCGGUUACUUCGGCGAGCUGGCCCUUGUGACCCACAAGCCGCGUGCCGCCUCCGCUUACGCCGUCGGGCCCACUAAGGUGGCAUUCCUGGACGUGGAGACAUUCGAGCGUCUGCUUGGCCCAUGCAUGGAGAUCAUGAAGCGCAACAUCGACGACUACGAGGAACAGCUGGUGAAGUUGUUCGGCGACAAGACCAACCUCACCGACGUGCGAUGAACCGGCACCUCCGCCGCUACCUUCCACACUACGUAAUCUUCCCGCAUCACACUCACCGAGGUUAUGCCGUUUACAAAAUGAGCCGGGGUUGCGCGGUACGUGUGCUCGCGGACUCGCCACGGAUUUAGUCAGACUGGAAUACUAUCUCAGUGCAUUCGAACUUGUUGAGUGUACUGAGAUCUAAUAUGCGCUUAGACUCAGUUUGAACACUCGUACCGUGAAAACUCGGCCUUAUUGAACGCUUGAUUGUACUUAAAGCACAAAUUUAUUGGUUGACUAUUAACAUGUAUUCUAAAAUUUCAAUAUGGCGUUAUGAAAUUUUUUGUUUUAGCUUACUAAAAACAGCAUAAUCUCUGAGCAUUUCGUAUCCGUCUAGUGCCGUCGGAGCAAACGCUUAUUAUGUCCAAAUAAUUUAUAUUAUGUGCUUACUUACCCCACUAAUGUAUGAACGUCAGGUAGGCGAGUUUCCCGUUGUAGGUGCGAAUCGUAGGUCAUAUAGGUUGAAGGUAAAUCACUUCGAAUCUCUGUAUAGUUUAGCUUAUAGCACAGCGUCAGUUUUCUAAAAUAGUCCAACAUUUAUAUUGAAUAUAGGAAAUGUUAGAAAACCAUAUAUAAAUUACUGGAUGCAUGACUUUUUUCAUGUUCUGCCGUCUAGGCGAAGAUGUAGACAUUUUCUAAAAAUUCACGUUAAAUAAUUGCAUAAUUAAAGUACACUCUACCUCAGGUUUAAAGAUUUUUAGUGAUUUACAUUUAACCGUUUGUAACAAAAGAACUUUGUAACUUUACCAAUGGUCAAACUGACCAUACGAAAUUAAUAUGGUUCAGAAUUUUAUAUAUGUUUAGUAUCAAAUGUUAUAGUGCCAUGAUGAUCAUUUCAAAUAUUCUUUAUUAUACAGAUUACGUGAUGGUUGGAAGGUGUAAUGAUACAGACAUGCGCUAAAUGUUAUUGCAUUGUGACAGAAAUACGCUUAUUUUAGAUAGAGAAAUGCCUUAGUAGCUAAAAAAAAUUUUAUGGUGUACACCAAUGAAUGUACAGAGAGGUGUGGUUGUGGAAAAUUAACUUAAUUUUUCGCUCAUAACAUGUGCCAUAGCGGUUGUUGAGUCUGAAGACAGAUUAUAUUAUUUUUAUAUUGGAAGAGCUCCACAGCUGUUCUUUUCUGCUGUGUUAUAACAUGAUUGUGCUACGUAUCCUUAUUUGUGUACAAUAUGUAUUUUAUGAUCUGAUAAAUAUCAGAAUUUAUAUUGUUUUGGUUAGUUUAUUUUCUACAACCAUAGAGGUCCACUAGAACGGACCAAGGGUAAAAAGGCAUUAGUCAUAAAAUUACCAUAAUAUAUAUGAUGUUGUAAGUAGUGGACACAAUGCAAUACUGUUUAGCACUCAUUCGAGGAUAUUCUCAAGCGCUAUUGCCAUUUCUAACUUAAGAUAUUUUCACUGACACAGGCUUUUCCGAAUGAUAUAAAAUAUAUAUAUAUUAUUAUAUUAAACCGGUUAGAUUGUAAAGUGUCUAGUUUAAUUUUUAUUAUAGUGAUUAGAUAAAAUCUAUUCACCGUUUUAAUUGUGUUUAUUUAUUAUUUAACUCGGUUUGACAGUUUCUUGUCGUUAUGUGUAUAUGGAGUUUGUAAUGCGGGAUCAGUUCAUUGAAUGCCAAAUUAAAUAAUAGUUACAUAUUCGUGAUUGUUUAACAGCAAUGAUAAUAACAUUGUCGUUCGGUCGUGUUCAAUGUACCGAUAGUUCGGAACACUUCGCUCCGACUGUUGUAUUUGUUGCAAAAUUUAUGUAGCUAAAUAAUUUCGCAAAGUAUUUUUUAUCAUAACUGUUUCAUAGUUAUUUUUUUUUUAUUAAGGACAAGGAAUUGUUUAUUUUGUGUUAACUUUUAAUUAAUUUAUAUUAAAAAAUAUCUUUUUCUGUUGUAGAGAGUUCCUAUUGUUUUGUUUGCUCUUUAACAUUUUUUACAUAAUAGAUCUGAGAUUUGUUAACUUUGUAAUACUUUUAUAGCGAACACAUACUCCAUGAACAAAUAGAGACGAAUAUUGAUGUUGAUUUUGAAUUGGCGCGUCCGUACGCAUAGGACGAGAGCACACCGCGCUUGGAGUCUGGGAGUGUGGUGUCUCUGUUGACCACCGACGCGAGUGCGUUCCACCCUCAGGUAGAAUUAUCCCAGUAUUAUUUAAAUUAGCAAAUGCCACGAUCCUUAUUUGUGAAUCCAGCCAAAGUAAAUAUGAACGCGUAAGAUCAUGUGUAGCUCUAAAUAUUUAAGUCUAUAUUUACUACGUAGUAGUUAGUUUUCGUCACUUCUUAUUGUAAUUUUAAUAUUAGUAGAUUAGGAAAUUUUAAUGGUGUGUAGUCGCAUCCCGAGGGGUGAGAUGUUAUCGUUUUUAUGACGCCAUGUACAAAAAAUGUAGAAAUUAAUUUCUGAUGCCAUAGAAAAAAAAUAUGAUUGUUUUAUUUUAUUGAUGCGUAUGUUGUUUUGUGGUUAGGUCCACUGCUGUUCCGUACCGUCAGCGUCGGGCGAGUGCCCGCCGUAUGCGCACUUGUGGCCUUUGCUUCGCUUGUUUUGACUAAUCAUGUAGCGUGUUGUGUUCUAGCUCCCGACACGACCCCUGUUGGAUAAGUUUUUCUUGUUACAAUUCUAUCCGCGACGACUACUCUCACUUCAAGUGCCUCUCUCGUACAGGAACAUCAAACAGAACACAAUUAGUAAUUUCUCACUAAUAUUACCAUUAUGUAACCACGUGUUUCACUUAAUUAAACUGCCUUUUCUAUGUGACAUUGUGUAAUGUAUUGUGUAUAAGUGUGUGUGUGUUCUGGUGAAAAAUUAUUUUGACAAAUUCAUUUAGUGCAUUUCAUGUAAUAUUUGUCCAUAUGUUGUCUUAGUUGCCAAAAUAAAUUUAAAGUGAUAUCCUAAAUAACUUGUAUGUGUUACUUAAGCAGAAUAUCAUUACAUAAUUAUAUAUUUAUUCACAUAAUUUAUAAUAUAAAUAUGAGUUCUAUAAAUGAUAAAAGAUGAAUUAUUUACUACAGAGUUAAAGUAGUUUAUUAGAUUGGUUUGAAGCGUGUGAGUGGCGGUUAGUUUCCCUUGAUUGUUAAUAUUUCCGUAUGUGCUGUGCUGUGUGUAACGUUGUGUUUGUUAUUGCACAGGUGAGGCGUCACGCGUCCGCCGCGUAUUGUCUGUGUGUCCCCCGUGUAACGAAUCCAGUAGUUAAUAGUAUCGUGCAAUAACUGAUUAGUGAUCAGUCAUUACUGUCGUUUAUCUAUGUCAUUUACAUCGGUAUGUGUUAAAAUUUGUCCGUGUGGAAUUUAUUUAUAUAGUUAUAAUCAAAUAAAAAUCAUAGUAUUGUAAGAUAAAUGUAUUUCUCUCUUAACGAUGUUAAGAAUGUGUCUGCAAUACGCGUGUCAUGUUGUAGAGAUGUGGGACUUAGAAAAUUCAGUAUGUCGAAUUUAUACGCAAUAUUUACGAUGUAAUGUGUAGAUUGCACAAAUGUCGCGAGUCACGAGUGCUGAAUGGAGGUUUGGUAAUUCUGUUGUCUUCCACGGGACGCACAGAGGUUUGGUCACUACGUUACAGACGCAUUCAUCGGACCGCUACACUACGCAUUCUCUGGCACACUGAUGUAAAAUUAAAAUUCAAUACGCUUAACUGUAGCGUAAUUUUUUAUAAAUUAUACUAGUCAUUGGUGUCUAAUGUAGAUUUGUAACCUGACAGCACAUUGGAGCGGGACAUAGUGAACAUCCCAUCCAUGUUAGGUGUAAGUCAUACUACCUGUCCCAUGUUAACUAAAGCAUAUCAGUGCGGCAGGCUUGCCCGCAUCCGAAUCUAUUUAUACGCACCACACGUGUACAUCCGGUAGCCAGUUGAGAACUAGUACCGCUUUCCCACGUCAUGAGCUUACCCUGUACAUUUAUAAAAAUUAUGUAUCGUAAAAUGUUAGAAAACUGAAUUAUAUUUGUUUGUAGAUCCAAA